UGGAAUAAAUCUUGCUGCUUUUACAUUAUGCCUAUAUUCAUAAUGUGACUAUGUAUAUGUGUAUAUAUAUGUAAAUGAUGCAUGUAUAUAUGUAAAUGGAGCGUAUAUAGAUACAAGUUCUUUUGCAGUUUUCAUCUAUAUAAACCCUUGCAAAGCCCUCAUGAAAACCAAGUGAGACUUCUACAUUGAGCUACCUAGCUAAUUAACUACAAGUAAAGAUGAGGGUGUUUCCAUCAAAGCCGUUAAUUUUAUUAGUUGUUACAGUUAUGAUCUCCCUCCAUGCUUACGCAGCUGAAGCCUCCGACCCUGACCCAAUCCAAGACUUCUGUAUACCGAACCCGAAAUUCGGUUUCAUUAGAACCGAACACUUAACUAUCCUUCCUUGCAAAAACUCAUCGGAAGCAACCACAGAUGACUUCGUCUUCUCCGGCGUGAAGUCUCCGGGGAACUUCACAGAAACUGGGUUCGCCACCAUCCCCGUCAGUCCUUCAGUUUUUCCAGGACUCAACACGCUUGGGAUGUCAUUUGUUCGAGCAGACCUCAAAUCCGGAGCCAUUAACCCGCCCCAUUUUCACCCGCGAGCAACCGAAAUCGCCUAUGUGGUGAAAGGAAGUGUGUAUUCAGGGUUUGUGGAUUCGGGCAACCGGCUUUUCGCAAGGGUGAUCGAGGAAGGAGAAGUGAUGGUUUUUCCGAAAGGACUCGUUCACUUUCAGAUGAAUGUCGGCGAUGAGUCUGCCACCAUUUUUUGUAGCUUGAACAGUCAGAACCCGGGUCUGCAGAAGAUACCUUCUGCUAUUUUCGGGUCUGGAAUUAACGAAGAGCUUUUGGAAAAGGCUUUUGGGAUGAGUCAUAAGCAAAUUGGGACGAUGAGGAGAAGAUUUGAUCCCAAAAAGGUUUAAUGCGAUGUCGUUUCACGUGCUUGUCUGUAUGUUGUCUGAAGGGUUUACUUACUGGAAAGAUCCAAGGAGGAUAGUACCUAAAUGCUUCUGGCUGUUAUGUAAUCUUAAUUUAAAUUAAUUUUCCCGUUGUGUAAUGUGAAGGAAUUUUAAUUUUACUUAUUUAUCAAAUUAUGUUAUUAGGCUGGAGUUUCUCAUUUGCAUUCUAAAAACAGUGAAAGGUCUAAGAUAAU